CCUCCUCCGGGAACGGGCCCCUGCACACCAUGGCCCCCGGGCGGACAGGGGCCGGCGCCGCUGUGCGCGCCCGCCUGGCGCUGGCCUUGGCGCUGGCGAGCGCCCUGAGUGGGCCCCCUGCCGCCGCCUGCCCCACCAAGUGUACCUGCUCCGCCGCCAGCGUGGACUGCCAUGGACUGGGCCUCCGGGCGGUUCCCAGGGGCAUCCCCCGCAACGCCGAGCGCCUUGAUCUGGACAGAAAUAAUAUCACAAGGAUCACCAAGAUGGACUUUGCUGGACUCAAGAACCUCCGAGUCUUGCAUCUGGAAGACAACCAAGUCAGCGUCAUCGAGAGAGGUGCCUUCCAGGAUCUGAAGCAGCUGGAGCGAUUGCGCCUGAACAAGAAUAAGCUGCAAGUCCUUCCAGAAUUGCUUUUCCAGAGCACACCAAAACUCACCAGACUAGACCUGAGUGAAAAUCAGAUCCUGGGCAUCCCGAGGAAGGCUUUCCGAGGCAUCGCUGACGUGAAGAACCUGCAACUGGACAACAACCACAUCAGCUGCAUUGAAGAUGGAGCCUUCCGAGCACUGCGCGAUUUGGAGAUCCUCACCCUCAACAACAACAACAUUAGCCGCAUCCUGGUCACCAGCUUCAACCACAUGCCGAAGAUUCGAACUCUGCGCCUCCACUCCAACCACCUGUACUGCGACUGCCACCUGGCCUGGCUCUCAGACUGGCUGCGGCAGCGACGCACCGUCGGCCAGUUCACCCUGUGCAUGGCUCCUGUGCACCUGCGAGGCUUCAAUGUGGCAGAUGUACAGAAGAAGGAGUACGUGUGUCCAGGCCCCCACUCGGAGCCUCCAACCUGCAAUGCCAACUCCAUCUCCUGCCCUUCGGCCUGCACAUGCAGUAAUAACAUCGUGGACUGUCGAGGGAAGGGUUUGACGGAGAUCCCCGCCAACUUGCCAGAGGGCAUCGUUGAAAUACGCCUGGAACAGAACUCCAUCAAAUCCAUCCCUGCUGGAGCCUUCACCCAGUACAAGAAACUGAAACGAAUAGAUAUCAGCAAGAACCAGAUAUCGGACAUCGCUCCAGAUGCCUUCCAGGGGCUGAAGUCACUCACAUCACUGGUGCUCUAUGGGAACAAGAUCACUGAGAUCGCCAAGGGACUGUUCGACGGGCUGGUGUCUCUACAGCUUCUCCUCCUCAAUGCCAACAAGAUCAACUGCCUGCGGGUCAACACGUUUCAGGAUCUGCAGAACCUCAACCUGCUCUCCCUGUAUGACAACAAGCUGCAGACCAUCAGCAAGGGACUCUUUGCCCCUCUGCAGGCCAUCCAGACCCUCCACUUAGCCCAAAACCCAUUUGUGUGUGACUGUCACCUGAAGUGGCUGGCCGACUACCUUCAGGACAACCCCAUCGAGACCAGUGGGGCCCGCUGCAGCAGCCCGCGCCGCCUGGCCAACAAGCGCAUCAGCCAGAUCAAGAGCAAGAAGUUCCGCUGCUCAGGCUCAGAGGACUACCGCAGCAGGUUCAGCAGUGAGUGCUUCAUGGACCUUGUGUGCCCCGAGAAAUGCCGCUGUGAGGGCACCAUUGUGGACUGCUCCAACCAGAAGCUGGCCCGCAUCCCAAGCCACCUCCCAGAAUACGUCACUGAUUUGCGGCUGAACGACAAUGAGAUAUCUGUUCUGGAAGCCACUGGUAUCUUCAAGAAGUUGCCAAACCUGCGGAAAAUAAACCUGAGUAACAACAAGAUCAAGGAGGUGAGAGAGGGCGCAUUUGAUGGAGCAGCCAGUGUGCAGGAGCUGAUGCUGACAGGAAACCAGCUGGAGACGGUGCACGGGCGCAUGUUCCGUGGCCUCAGUGGCCUCAAGACCCUGAUGCUGCGGAGUAACCUGGUCAGCUGUGUGAGCAAUGACACCUUUGCUGGCCUGAGCUCAGUGAGGCUGUUGUCCCUCUAUGACAACCGGAUCACCACCAUCACCCCCGGGGCCUUCACCACCCUGGUCUCCCUGUCCACCAUAAACCUCCUGUCCAACCCCUUCAACUGCAACUGCCACCUGGCCUGGCUCGGCAAGUGGCUGCGAAAGAGGCGCAUCGUCAGUGGGAACCCCCGGUGCCAGAAGCCCUUCUUCCUCAAGGAGAUUCCCAUCCAGGACGUGGCCAUCCAGGACUUCACCUGUGAAGGAAACGAUGAGAGCAGCUGCCAGCUGGGCCCCCGCUGCCCAGACCAGUGUACCUGCAUGGAGACGGUGGUGCGAUGCAGCAACAAGGGCCUCCGCGCGCUCCCCAAAGGCAUUCCCAAGGAUGUGACUGAGCUGUACCUGGAAGGAAAUCACUUAACGGCCGUGCCCAGGGAGCUGUCCACCCUCCGACACCUGACACUCAUUGACCUGAGCAACAACAGCAUUGGCGUGCUGACCAACUACACCUUCAGUAACAUGUCUCAUCUCUCCACUCUGAUCCUGAGCUAUAACCGGCUGCGCUGCAUCCCCAUCCACGCCUUCAACGGGCUGCGGUCUCUCCGAGUGCUAACCCUCCAUGGCAACGACAUUUCCAGUGUUCCCGAAGGCUCCUUCAACGACCUGACAUCUCUUUCCCAUCUGGCACUGGGGACCAACCCGCUGCACUGUGACUGCAGCCUGCGCUGGCUGUCGGAGUGGGUGAAGGCCGGCUACAAGGAGCCCGGCAUCGCACGCUGCAGUAGCCCAGAGCCCAUGGCCGACAGACUGCUGCUCACCACCCCAACCCACCGAUUCCAGUGCAAAGUGAGCCCACUCUGGGGCCUGCCACUCACACUCUGGUUUUGUUGUUUAGGGCCUGUGGACAUCAACAUCGUGGCCAAGUGCAACGCCUGCCUCUCCAGCCCGUGCAAGAACAACGGGACGUGUAGCCAGGAUGCUGUGGAGCUGUACCACUGUGCCUGCCCCUAUGGCUACAAGGGCAAAGACUGCACCGUGCCCAUCAACACCUGCAUCCAGAACCCCUGUCAGCACGGAGGCACCUGCCACUUGAGCGAGGCCCACAAGGAUGGCUUCAGCUGCUCCUGUCCUCUGGGCUUUGAGGGGCAGCGAUGUGAGGUCAACCCUGACGAUUGUGAGGACAAUGACUGCGAGAACAAUGCCACCUGUGUGGACGGGAUCAACAACUACGUGUGUGUGUGCCCACCUAACUACACAGGGGAGCUGUGCGAUGAGGUGAUUGACCACUGCGUGCCGGAGAUGAAUCUCUGUCAGCAUAAGGCCAAGUGCAUCACCCUGGACAAAGGGUUCAGGUGUGACUGCCUCCCUGGCUACAGCGGGAAGCUCUGCGAGACCGACAAUGACGACUGUGUGGCCCACAGGUGCCGCCACGGGGCGCAGUGUGUGGACGCAGUCAACGGCUACACGUGCAUCUGUCCACAGGGCUUCAGCGGGCUCUUCUGUGAGCACCCCCCACCCAUGGUCCUGCUGCAGACCAGCCCCUGCGACCAGUAUGAGUGCCAGAACGGGGCCCAGUGCAUCGUGGUGCAGCAGGAGCCCACCUGCCGCUGCCCUCCUGGCUUCGCCGGCCCGCGCUGCGAGAAGCUUGUCACCGUCAACUUCGUAGGCAAGGACUCCUAUGUGGAGCUGGCGUCCGCCAAGGUCCGGCCCCAGGCCAACAUCUCCCUGCAGGUGGCCACGGAUAAGGACAACGGCAUCCUCCUCUACAAGGGAGACAAUGACCCCCUGGCGCUGGAGCUGUACCAGGGCCACGUGAGGCUGGUCUACGACAGCCUGAGCUCCCCACCCACCACGGUGUACAGUGUGGAGACAGUAAAUGACGGGCAGUUUCACAGUGUGGAGCUGGUGAUGCUAAAUCAGACCCUGAACCUCGUGGUGGACAAAGGAGCCCCCAAGAGUCUGGGGAAGCUCCAGAAGCAGCCAGCAGUGGGCAUCAACAGUCCCUUGUACCUUGGCGGCAUCCCCACCUCCACAGGCCUCUCGGCCUUGCGCCAGGGCGCCGACCGGCCGCUGGGCGGCUUCCACGGAUGCAUCCACGAGGUGCGCAUCAACAACGAGCUGCAGGACUUCAAGGCCCUCCCGCCGCAGUCCCUGGGGGUGUCGCCGGGCUGUAAGUCCUGCACUGUGUGCAAGCACGGUCUGUGCCGCUCGGUGGAGAAGGACAGCGUGGUGUGUGAGUGCCACCCGGGCUGGACCGGCCCGCUGUGUGACCAGGAGGUGCGGGACCCCUGCCUCGGCCACAGCUGUAGCCAGGGCAAAUGCGUGGCUGCUGGGACCUCAUACGUGUGCAAGUGCGCUGAGGGCUACAGCGGGGCCUUGUGCGACCUCAAGAAUGACUCCGCCGACCCCUGCUCGGCCUUCAAGUGCCACCAUGGGCAAUGCCACAUCUCAGAUCGAGGGGAGCCCCACUGCCUGUGCCAGCCUGGCUUUAGUGGGGAGCACUGCGAACAAGAGAACCCCUGCCUGGGGGAGGUGGUCCGAGAGGUGAUUCACCGCCAGAAAGGCUAUGCAUCGUGUGCCACAGCCUCCAAGGUGCCCAUCAUGGAAUGCAGUGGGGGCUGCGGGGCCCAGUGCUGCCAGCCCACACGCAGCAAGAGGCGGAAAUACGUCUUCCAGUGCACAGAUGGCUCAUCGUUCGUCGAAGAGGUGGAGAGACACUUAGAGUGUGGCUGCCGCCUGUGCUCCUGAGCCCCCAGACUCCGG